AUGCAAGUUCCGAUCUGGCUUUGGCAUCCAUCAAAGUCCUUGGAUGGUCCGGUACAUGCGAAGAAUUAUCGAUGCUGUUGCUCGUGCUUCUCAUCUCCUGCCGGCUUCAAACUGAUGAACUACGUCUUCUUGGUGUUGUUUAUCUUUUCAUUCGUUCUCUACAGUCUCAUCGCCGCCAGUGGGGACCUUCACGGUGAAGUUCGCGCCGAGCAGUGGUACUCGCUCAUCUCCUGGACCAUUGCCACCUUCGUCGCCUUCUUCGCCAUCUACACCCUAAAGCCGUUCUACAUGCAGCUGUAUUUGAUUUUUGCGACCUUCACACUGACCAUCGGAAUUACCGCCUCGGCCGUCGGACUGGUGAUGUUCUCCAUGGCAUAUGUCGAUCUCCGUUCGCACGAUUCCUACCUCCAUGUCGGCGACCUGCGCGAAGCCAAUCUCUUGGCAAUCAUCGGCCUGUUGAUCUUGCUGAUCCUGCUCAUUGGGCAGAUGCAGUUGACCCACUCAUACUACAAAUACAUCCGUGAUCGCCAGCUGGAAAUCGAAGUCGAAGCCGCUCGUCCUUUGUCUGUCAUGGUUCCCACCACCAUGACUAAGGAGCUAAAGGUCCAAUACAUUCUGCCGCCACCAUAUGAGGACUGC